CACAAUAUCUAUACAUCAUGUGACAGCAACACUACGUCCGUUAACUCCGAGCACACCCACUUUUUCGCACCAGCAAGCCAUUGGGUUAACGAUUUAGUCUAAUAACAUGGAAGAAACUUUAAGGUAGAUCCGGACCCCGCCCGGCGUUAGGGAAUAAGGGUGGAGGCGGCGUGAACGUUUUAUACCAACGCCUGAGCCACAUACUGAGAUACCCAUAUCCAACUCACACAAUCACACUAUGCCUUCCUUCCUCUACUCCCAGCUUUUUGUGACACCUCCCCUUCCAUCCAAGUCCUACGCCGACCAGGUCGUCAUAAUCACCGGAUCCAAUGUCGGUCUAGGUCGCGAAGCUGCCCGCCAUAUCGCCCGCCUCGGGGCCCACAAGGUGAUCCUAGCUGUGCGCAAUGUCUCUGCCGGUGAAACAGCCCGUCAAGACAUCGAAUCCUCCACCGGCCGCCCAAACGCCGUCGAAGUAUGGCAGCUAGAUCUAUCCGACUACGACUCCGUGGUGUCGUUCGCGGAACGCGCACAGAGCCUCCCGCGCCUAGACGCCGUGAUUGAAAACGCGGCCAUGGCAACGCCGGACUUUGAAUUAGCUGCUGGCCAUGAGCGCACGAUUACUAUUAACGUCAUUUCAACUGUCCUGCUGGCUAUCCUCCUAUUGCCGAAGCUCCGUCAGACGGCCAGGGAUUACCCUACUGCUCCCCCGCCGCGUCUGUCUGUCGUUGUUAGCGAGGUCCACGCCUGGUCGAAGUUUCCGGAGUGGCAGAGUCCUCGCGGUAUAUUCCCUGCGUUGGAUGAUGAAAAAACUGCGCGAAUGAGCGAGCGCUAUCCAACAUCUAAACUGGUUCUUAUCCUUGCGCUGCGUGAAUUGGUCUCGCGGAUGAGUGGUGACGGGUCUGUGGUUGUUAACAUGGUGAAUCCAGGCUUUUGCCACUCGGAGCUUGUUAGGAAUUCGAGCGGUUUAAUGAGGCUGCAGGUCAAUCUUCUCAAGAUGAUUCUGGCGCGUACUACGGAAGUUGGCAGUCGGACGCUUGUUGCUGGGGGCUAUGCGGGAAAGGAGUCUCAUGGGAUGUAUAUGACGGAUGGGGUGGUCGAGAAUGAUAAUCUCUCUGCGUUUGUGCGCAGUUCAGAUGGGAUGACCGCACAGAAGAGAGUUUGGAAUGAGCUCGCUGAUAUCGUACAGGAGAUCAAGCCGGGUGUCAUGGAAUAUUUGUAACUCUAUUGUAAUAUUGUAAAUAAUCGAGCUUUGGAAGUACUCAAUAUAUCAUUGCAAGUGUUUAUCACUUGCCCAGAUGGUUUGCUA